GCUUACGGAAAGCGAACUCUUUCACACACACUCACCCACUCACGCUCUCUCUCUCCGUCGUGGUCUUUUGAGGAGCCGGUGAUUUCGAAGAGAUGCAGCGUGUGUUGGAAAUCUUCUCAAAUUGCAGUUGCUCUAUCGAUGCGUCUCGUGGCGAAAUAUAUAUUCUGCAGUUGUUGAAUUCUGGUCCAGUACUGCAGGGGAGGAGUUCAGUUUUGCAGAGUCUGGUGCUGCCUCACCUCGUCGCGCAUGCUGAGAGAGGAGAGCUAAGAGUUGCGGGGAGCUUUGAGAGUCGCAUUUGAGUUUUGUUCGGAGUGCAUUUGAGACUCUUCGUGUUGUGUUUUGUCUUGUUUUGUUUUGUUUUUUGUUUUGUUUUGUUUUGUUUUUUUUUUUUUUUUUUUCUGUUUUUUUUUUUGUUUUUUUUAGAGGAACGGGAUCGGUGUCGGGUCGAGGUCAGAUGAAGGUCGGGCCUGUGUGAGUUUUUAGGAUGGAGUUAUGAAAGGGUAGAAGUUGUGGUGAAACUGGAUAUGAGUUUGGUUGCAGGAUGCGGACGAGGCUACCUGGCAGCAUGCGAAGUUUGGCAGGUCAAGGUUUGUCUCUGCCAUUUCUUUACCUGCCUUUCAACGACUCUGCGAGAAGGCGAAACGCGCUACAGAUUUUUUUAGCCAGGAGAGAGUAUGUCGAGGAUCUGCUGUUGUCAUGCUGACGGCCAAGCCAACCAGCAAUAAUGGAAUAUUCUUUUUGUGAAAUUUCAGAGUAAGAAAGAGCGCUCGAAGCCAGAACAAUUUCAAGAAGUUUGAAAAUUCAGUAGAUUCGAUCACAGAAAACUUAAGUGACCAUGACUUCCACCGCUGAACGCACGCGAGUUGGAAAAUACGACCUUGGCAAGACCCUUGGUGAGGGUACUUUUGCCAAAGUUAAAGUUGCUAAGCACUUGGACACCGGAGCGCUCGUGGCCAUUAAAAUCCUGGACAAAGAAAAAAUUCUUAAGCAUAGGAUGGUUGAGCAGAUCAAAAGAGAAAUUUCCACUAUGAAGCUUGUGAAGCAUCCCUACGUCGUCCAGCUUUUGGAGGUGAUGGCGAGCAGGACAAAGAUCUACAUUGUGCUGGAGUAUGUCACAGGUGGCGAGCUCUUCAACAAGAUCGCCAAACAAGGGAGAUUGUCAGAGACCGAGGCUAGGAAGUACUUCCACCAGCUCAUCGAUGCAGUUGAUUACUGUCAUAGUCGGCAAGUUUUUCAUAGAGAUUUGAAGCCUGAGAAUCUGCUUCUAGAUGCCGAAGGUAACUUGAAGAUUUCAGACUUUGGUCUAAGUGCGUUACCUCAACAAUUUAGGGAGGAUGGGUUGCUUCACACGACUUGCGGGACACCCAACUAUGUGGCUCCAGAGGUAAUCAUGGAUAAGGGCUAUUCAGGAGCUACCGCUGACAUGUGGUCGUGUGGUGUUAUAUUGUACGUGCUGAUGGCUGGCUACUUACCUUUUGAAGAGCCUACGAUACUGGCUUUAUACAAGAAGAUAUAUCGAGCCCAAUUUUCAUGGCCUUCCUGGUUUUCAUCAGGUGCCCGGAAAUUAAUUUCAAGGAUAUUGGACCCCAAUCCUAGAACUCGCAUAACAGCAGCUCAAAUCCAUGAAAAUGACUGGUUCAAGAAAGGAUAUAAUCCAGCCAAGUUUGAUAGAGAAGCUAACGUCAGUCUUGAUGAUUUGGAUUCCAUCUUCAACGAAUCAACAGAGCAUAUGAUAAUAGAGAAGAAAGAAACAAAGCCUGUUGCGAUGAACGCCUUCGAACUCAUCUCUCUCUCUCAAGGCCUCAAUCUUUCGAGUCUGUUUGAGACUAAGGAGAUACCUGAUAAGAAGGAGACGCGAUUUACAAGCAAGAAACCUGCCAAAGAAAUCCUCAGCACUAUUGAAGAUGCUGCGAAGCCCUUGGGCUUCAAUAUUCAAAAGAAAGAUUACAAAAUGAAAUUGCAAGGUGAUAAGUUGGGCAGGAAAGGGUAUCUUUCAGUGUCAACUGAGGUGUUCGAGGUGACACCCUCUCUUUUCAUGGUUGAAUUACAAAAAGACAGUGGUGAUACGUUGGAGUACAACCAUUUCUACAAAAAUCUUUCGAAAGGUCUCAAAGACAUUGUUUGGAAAGCAGAACCUGUGGAGAGUAAUCCCACUUCUGUAAGUGAUCAGAAGUAGAAGCUUCCGGUAUGACAUAAAAAAUUGGUCAUUCUGUGAUGUCACCACUUGUCCUUUUCUUUACACUGUACCUUUACUAGAAUUGCAUUUCUAUUACUACUUCUUUCAAACUUCGAACGUACCUCUUGAUCUUUGUAAAGACAAAAACCAAUAGAGUGCCGAGUUUCUAAUGCAUAGUACCAUAUACAAUCAAUGAUAAUUGUCCGCAAACAGCUCUAUUGGGAUAUGUUCCUCUUUAAUCGUAAAUCGCUUCAGAACCUGUACAUAAUGUUCUGGAAUGGAGAACUCAUGUGGUGUACAAACUUGUAGAGGCAAAAUUCAUGGUAGGCGAAUCUUCGGAUUUUUUGUGCAGAUUUUCUCAGUCUUUUCACAGAAGCAGGCUAAUUAUUGCUGAGAGCAGUCGCAACAAUGUAGAUAUGCGAAUUUUUGAUUCUGUAAAUGGUCACAUGCGGAUAGAAGGAAAAGCGUCUUUCAAUUUCUUUUAAGAACACAGUACAAUGAUGUUUACAAAUCCUUAAUUUUCAGAUUUGAUUAGCUUUGGAGUUGGCCACAGUACGUAGCAUGCGAAGGAAUGUGUGAGGUUGAAACAAUGAAAUUCCUCCAAGGCAUGGGAGGCACAUGGUGUUAACAGUGUUGCAGGAUGACAUCAUUUAGAGCGCCUGGAUACGGGACUGUCUGGAUUUUGGGUUCUAUUGCAAAUGCUGGGACAUUUGCGUCGUGGUCAAGAAUGAGGGGAGGGUAGUCAUUCGGAAGUCAUCCGACAGCGAUGAAGAAUUCGUCCUUCGAUUUGGGAAGCACUUUUUUGCGCUCCCAAAGAGAUCCCUCAUCACGGGUUCAAGGUUGCUUGAAUGUGUGUUACGUAUGGGAUUUCACAAAAGAGUCCACUGUGUUCAGCUCAAAGAAUUUAUUUGUAUACUUAUUUGUUCGCUCGUCACAUGAGGCCUCAAAACCUCCAUGUGAAGGUUUUGGAUUAGUAUAGGAGAUAUGGACCUUUGGUAGAAGAGGAGUUCAAUCAUAUAAACUUUUAUCUUUUUUAGAAUCUUUAGUUAUAUUUUAAUAAUUUAAUAGACAUGUUUGUGUGAUUUUCAAGAAUUUUUUGAAGUCAUUUUUAAUUUUUGAAAUA